GGACCUGUCCGUGAUCGUGCCCGUACGAAGGGCCUGGGGCCAGAAUGGAGACCAUAUCCAGGAUUUCCUCGAUGCUGGAAACAGCUCGAGAGCUCACCCUGGAAGCAGCCCAGUCUGCAUCGAUGAGUAGAGGGUCCAGCACGGGCUUGUCGUCUCGAAACCUGACGACAGCACACAUCAAAAAGCUCCUGGAUAGCCGCAAUGACCGGGAGAUCUUGGAUGGCAUGCGCCGAGUGAUAACGUUGAUGUACCGAUCCGAACCGUCCCACCCGUUCUUCUCCGCCGUCGUCAAAAACGUGGCUAGUGCGAACCUCGAGGUGAAGAAGCUGGUCUAUAUCUACUUGGUGCAUCAUGCGGAGGCGGAACCGGACCUCGCGCUCUUGUCCAUCAAUGCAAUUCAGAAGUCACUUACGGACCAGAAUCCCAUGGCGCGGGCCAUGGCGCUGCGCACAAUGUCCGGCAUCCGUGUCCCGGUCAUCAGCCAGAUUGUGUCGCUGGCAAUCAAGAGAGGUUGCGGCGAUAUGAGCCCUCAUGUUCGCAAAGCGGCAGCAUUGGCCAUUCCGAAGUGUUAUCGCCUGGACCCCACCACCCUGCCGAAUUUGGUCGAAUACCUGUCGACUCUGCUGGGUGAUAGCCAGUAUUUUGUCCUGGGGCCUGCUGUUGCUGCGUUCCUGGAUGUCUGCCCGGACCGGAUCGAUCUUAUUCACAAGCAUUACCGGAGUCUCGUCAAGAAGCUCGUUGAUAUGGAUGAAUGGAGCCAAAUUGCGACGUUGCGCCUUCUGACCUUCUAUGCUCGCCAGUGCUUUCCCCGCAGGAUGGAGAAAGGGAAAAAAGCUGUGGUAUCCAAGGACUUCUACGAAGAGGAAAAGGCCACUGAAAGCGGUGAUGGCGACGAGUACGAAGUGCCUGUGUUGGAUCCCGAUCUUGAGUUCUUCCUGCGCACCUGCAAGUUGCUGCUGCAGAACCGCAACUCAGCUGUGAUUGUCAGUGUUGUCCGGUGUUUUCUCUACCUCGGCACCCCGGAAUACCUGGAUACCGCUAUUGGUCCUUUGGUCGCACUGCUUAGGGGCCCGCAGGAUACACAGCAUGUUGCGCUCUACAAUAUCGUUGUUGUUGCUCUAAGCCACCCGAAACCGUUUACAAAAUACGUCACCCACUUCUUGGUUCACGCGAUAGAUCCUCGCCACAUCUGGCGUCUCAAGCUGGAGGUCCUCACCAUACUCUUUCCCCAUUGCGGGUUACAUCUGAAGGGCGUGAUUCUCAGCGAACUGGGGCAUUUCUCGCAGGGCGCAGAUCCCGAUCUGGUGCGGGAAAGCGUGCGUGCCAUUGGGCGCUGCGCACAGAGCGAUCCCAUGACAGCGGAUCACUGUCUACACGUCCUCCUUAGCCAAAUCACGAGUCUCGACGACAACCUUGUUGCGGAGUCGUUGACUGUCAUUCGACACCUUAUCCAACAGGACCCAGCCUCGCAUGAGAAGACCGUCAUCCAACUAGUCAAGCAUCUGGGACUGACGAAGAACCCAGACGCUAGGGCCACCAUCGUCUGGCUGGUCGGAGAGUUCGCGGGAGCCGAGCCAGAGAGGAACAUCGCCCCCGAUGUCCUGCGCAUUCUGGUACAAGACUUUGCGAACGAGUCCGAGGCCGUGAAGCAGCAGAUCGUCCUCCUAGGUGCAAAGGUCUACCUGCAUCAUCUGCUGCGAAACCCCCCUAAGGAAGCGCCCCAGCCAGCGGAGUCCAACCCGAAGCCCAAAGCCGAGGCAAUCGUCAACGAAUGGGCCGACAAUGCCGACGCACAGGAAGAAGCAGACAAGGAGAAUACAACCAACGAAGAAACGCCGCAGACCGACGAGCCAGAAGACAGAAUCACCCUGCUAUGGCGCUACAUCCUCAUGCUCGCUAGAUACGACACAUCCUACGACCUUCGCGAUCGUGCCCGCCUAUACAAAGCCCUCCUCGGCACUCCUUCCUCCACCCAGCUCGCCAACCUGCUCCUCCUCGCACCCAAACCCGUCCCGCACGCUCCCAGCCCGUCCGAGACGCGCAAGGAUCUGCUAAUCGGCUCCGCCACCCUGGUCGUAGGGCCCGACGCCGGCAUGCUCGGCUUGAAGGGCUACCAGAACCUCCCCGACUGGGUCGAGCUGGGACAGGAGCCUGAUGCCCGCCUCCGGGAAAACGAAAUCAAGCCGGACUUCACUUCCACCGACAAGGCCUCCAUGACGGCGGGCGAGCGACUGGACCGCGCCCUCAAAGACCAUGAGACAAGCGCUGCAGUCUCGGGCAAUGGGCGUGCCCGUCCAGGCGCUUCGUCGAAGGGGAAAUCUCUGAACCAGUGGCUGGACGAGCCCGAGACCGAGAGCGAAGAGGAAACCGAGGAAGAGGAAGAAGUGACUGGUUCAGAGUACGAAGAGGUGACAGACGAAGAGACAGAUGAGGAGGAGGAGGAAGAGGAGACAGAUGAGGAAUAUGAAACUGACUCGGAAGAGCGCGGUCAAGCCGCCGGGCUUUUGAAGCAGUGAUACCACCAUCUUCUCCCUUACCAUACCAUACCAUACCAUACCAUACCAUGAGCCAUCUUUCCCCUUUCAGGCAAGAUGAUCGAUGUAUAGAGAAUACUCUAGCUAACCGAAUC